AUGGAGUCUGAGCGAGACUGUGCCAAUGCGCCAGGCUGCAAACGGUGUCAGCGGAGGAUGGGUUUCCUGGCGGGAUCUCGUUGCGGACAGGGGUUUGCUAGGGACGUCCAUGGUCCUUGCACAUCUGCACAGCAUCUCCCACCGCUGCUGGUAGGGAACCCAGAACGCUCCAUCACACUCUAG